GAUAAUGUCCACGUACAUGAAGUGACUCUACAUGACCUCAACGUAUUGCACGACGGUGCUGAUCUCACUGGGCCUUUACGGCUUGAGCUGCGGGUCAUGCCCCGCUUCAUAUCUCGUUAUAACGCCCUACGUGACCAGAUCGCCCGGUUAGACCUCGCAGUCGAGGAAGAGCAAGCCUAU